AUGUCCGCCAUCAGAAUCCCCAAGGGCUCCAUCAACCUCGCCGGCCUGCUCUUCAAGCCGGCCCCCCUGCCCGACAAAAGCAAAGCGCCUGGUCUGGUGGUGAUCCACCCAGGCGGCGGUGUGAAGGAGCAGACGGCCAGCACGUACGCGAAACGACUGGCGGAACGGGGUUUCGUCGCCAUCUGCUAUGACGCCUCGCACCAGGGCGACUCGGAGGGCCUGCCUCACUUUCUCGAAGACCCGGCGGCCCGAGUCACGGAUGCCUCUGCGGUGGUUGACUACCUGCAAAGACUCGACUACGUUGACGCGAACCGCAUCGCGGUGGUCGGAAUCUGCGCCGGCGGCGGCUACGCAGCGGCCGCGGCCAAGGGCGACCACCGCCUCAAAGCCGUCGCCAUGGUCAGCGCGGUCAACAUCGGCGACGGCGCCCGGUACGGGUGGUACGGGAAGGACCAACCCUCCAGCCACGUCGCCGACCUUGACCAAGUCGCUCAAGCCAUCCAGGCCGAAGCCACCCAGGGCGCUGAAGCCGCCAGCGCGCCCUACGUGCCACCAAAGCCCCACGACGACAAGACGCCCGUCGACCUGGCGGACGCGUACGAUUACUACUGCACGCCACGGGCGCAGCACAAGAACGCGCAGAACAAGAUGCUGCUGCGCUCCGCGCCGCUGGUCCUCAACUUCGAUGCGUGGCAGUUCGCCGACCUGUUCUUGACGCAGCCCGUCCUCAUUGUCGUGGGCGAGAAGGCCGAGAGUCGGUGGCAUUCCGAGAAGAUCUACAAGAUCCUCGACGGCAAGAAUGACAACGUCAAGAAGGUUGUCGUCCCCAACGGGAGGCACAUGGACUUCUACGACAAGGACGAUUUCGUCAACCCGGCAAUCGAUAAUAUUGUCGACUUCUUCAAGCCCCUGAGGGUGUGA